AUGCACGUUCUCGGUGGUGGCGGUGGAAGGAACUUUGUUUACAAGGGGUUUUGGUAUUAUGGUCAGAUCUGAUGGAUAAGGCACGGCAGAAAAGAGAGGGGGGAGGGGUGUAGGGGAGGCGGGGCCAGGAUUGAACAAAGUUCAGACGGGCCGGGCUUGAAAAUUCGCUCGGCCUGAUCGGAAAGUCAGGGCUAAUAAUGAUGGUAGUCAAAAAUGGCUGUUUUUUAAGUUUCUUGUUUUGUAAAGAAAGUUCUCGCCAUUUUUUAUUUCGUAAAGAAAGUUCUUGCCAUUUUAUCUUUUAUAAAGAAAGUUUUUGCCAUUUUCUGUCUUGUAAAGAAAGUUCUUGUCAAUUCUAUUUUGACCUUGUCUUUUGGCCACAAAGUGGCGCUUCGUAGCGGAUGUGUCUGCGAAAUGUCCUUUAAAGUGUACUUUGGCCUUUAAAUUUGAAAGAAUUCGCUUUUAUUGCCAAAAUUUAACUCAAAAGGCAAAAUUUAAGGGUUUUUCUUGAGUGGAAAGAAACUUUUUGCUAUUUUCGCUUUGUAAAGAUAGUACUUGCCAUUUUUUGUUCUGUAAAGAAAGUUUUUGCUAUUUCUCAUUCAAGUUCUUGCAAUUUUAAGAUUUGUAAACAAAGUUUUUACCCUUUUUCUUAAGAAGUAAACAAAAACUUUUAAAGCGACCAAAAAAAUUACAAACUUUUUACUAAAUUUCAAAGUUCUGUUUUAAUAGCCAGUCGGCUGCAAAAUAUUUUGUUAAACAAAUUUUUUUGCACGGUGCAGUCAAAUCACAAGGUGCAAACUUUUAAAUUGACAUGCAAACAAAGAAUGGCCGGAAAUUGUUAAAGGUCUUCUGGUGGGGAUUUACGCCUUGCCUUGCCUUGCCUUGCAACGUUCAGCUUAGCCAAGCCCGGCCAAGCCCAGCCAAGCCCAGCCAAGCCCAGCCAAGCCCAGCCAAGCCCAGCCAAGCCCAGCCCAGCCAAGCCCAGCCAAGCCCAGCCAAGCCCAGCCAAGCCCAGCCAAGCCCAGCCAAGCCCAGCCAAGCCCAGCCAAGCCCAGCCAAGCCCAGCCAAGCCCAGCCAAGCCCAGCCAAGCCCAGCCAAGCCCAGCCAAGCCCAGCCAAGCCCAGCCAAGCCCAGCCAAGCCCAGCCAAGCCCAGCCAAGCCCAGCCAAGCCCAGCCAAGCCCAGCCAAGCCCAGCCAAGCCCAGCCAAGCCCAGCCAAGCCCAGCCAAGCCCAGCCAAGCCCAGCCAAGCCCAGCCAAGCCCAGCCCAGCCCAACGCAGCCUAGCUCAGCCCAGCCCAGCUUAGCCCAGCCCAGCCCAGCCCAGCCCAGCCCAGCCCAGCCCAGCCCAGCCCAGCCCAGCCCAGCCCAGCCUAGCCCAGCCCAGCCCAGCUUAGCCCAGCCCAACCCAGCCCAGCCCAGCCCAGCCCAGCCCAGCCCAGCCCAGCCCAGCCCAGCCCAGCCUAGCAUAGCCCAGCCCAGCCCAGCCCAGCCUAGCCCAGCCCAGCUUAGCCCAGCCCAGCUUAGCCCAGUCCAGCCCAGCCCAGCCCAGCCCAGCCCAGCCCAGCCCAGCCCAGCCCAGCCCAGCCCAGCCCAGCCCAGCCCAGCCUAG